AUGAGAGGUCGUCGCAUACCAUUGGCUUUGCCCAAUACGGGGACCUUACAUCGCAAGCGCAACACUUAUUAUUUGCGUGGCAUUAUUGUGAUAACCCUAGUUAUAUUUUUAUUCCUGCAGUUGCAUGCUUUUAAUUUUCCUGAAUCUCAUGAUCCCCUGCUAACCGAACCAACAAAUGACUCUGUGGAUGCCAUAUUGUCGAUGGUGCCAUCGGUGUUGCACAAAUUCUUACAACCCAAAACACGUAAUCAAACUUUAGCAGCUAGUUUACACCAAAAUGGUACACUAAUAAAUGGUCUGGGUGCUGGAGGUAUGGGCGGUGCUGGUGGUAACCUCGUUAGUUUUGUCGAUUUAUAUCAUCCACCAAAUAUCAGUGAAAUAAAACGACAAAUUGCCAAAUACAAUGAUAUGCAGUUAGUUUUAAAUGAAUACACCUUUGGUCCGUUACAAAAUGAUUCUGUGAUAAUUGUAAUACAAGUACACACUCGUAUUAUAUACCUACGCCAUUUGAUCGUGAGCCUGGCACAGGCUCGUGAUAUUUCUAGAGUUCUAUUAAUAUUUUCACAUGAUUUUUAUGAUGAAGAUAUUAACGAUUUAGUCCAGAGUAUAGACUUUUGUAAAGUUAUGCAAAUAUUUUAUCCAUAUUCAAUACAAACACAUCCAAAUGAAUUUCCUGGCGUUGAUCCGGAUGAUUGUCCGCGUGAUAUUAAAAAAGAUCAAGCAAUCAUUCGAAAAUGCAACAAUGCCUUGUAUCCAGACUUAUAUGGCCAUUAUCGGGAGGCCAAAUUUACCCAGACCAAACACCACUGGUGGUGGAAGGCGAAUCGGGUAUUCGAUCAGCUGGAAGUCACAAAAUAUCAUACAGGACUGGUGCUAUUCCUCGAAGAGGACCACUAUGUGGCCGAGGAUUUCCUGUAUCUGCUGGAAAUGAUGCAGCGGCGUACAGCAGAUCUGUGUCCCCAAUGUAAUAUUUUAUCGCUGGGUACAUAUUUGAAAACCUUUAACUACUACACAUACAAUAGCAAGUCCAAACAGAAAUCAUUUAGCAAUGCUGCAGCAGCUUCCACUUCGCUGUUAUCGUCUAACAAUCUCUUAGGAUAUCAUAGGAAUAGAAAAUCACUACAAAUAUCAUCGCAAACAGCUUUAAAGACAUCAUCCAAUAACAACAACUAUAAUAACAACAACAAUCAUAAAUUCUAUAAUGAAAAUAGUCAAAAUCAAUUGAAAUCAUAUGUGGGUGAUACACAACCCAAUUCACAACAGCAACAACAACAUGGCACCUCUUCUCUCAUCACAACCUCAACGAGCACCACAACCAAAAGCACUACUCAAAAUCAGGGUGCACAACAGACAUGGAGCUACCAUGUCCUGCCAUCAUUGUAUUCUGUCUAUCAGAAGGUUGAGGUCAUGCCCUGGAUCAGCAGUAAACACAAUAUGGGCUUUGCCUUUAAUCGCACUACCUGGACGAGCAUACGAAAGUGUGCAAAACAUUUUUGUUCGUAUGACGAUUACAACUGGGAUUGGUCGCUGCAACAUGUCUCCCAGCAAUGUUUGCAACGGAAGCUGCAUGCAAUGAUUGUCAAGGGUCCAAGGGUGUUUCACAUUGGUGAAUGCGGCGUCCAUCACAAAAAGAAAAACUGUGAAUCGAAUCAAGUCAUCUCGAAGGUACAACAGGUGUUGCGCAUUGCCCGCAAAUCGGGCCAGAUUUUCCCCAAAUCUCUAACGCUGACGGUGGCAAGUCUGAUAAAGAAGACGAAAUUGCGCAAAGGCAAUGGCGGUUGGGGUGAUCGCCGUGAUCAUGAUCUGUGCAUGAAUAUGACAUUACCAAUUAGAUGAAUUGAA